GCGUGCGUGUGCGUGCAUGCGUGUGUGUGUGUGUGUGUGUGUGUGUGUGCGUGGCAGACCCCCGGUUCGUUGGGGUUAACCUGGUGCCAGAGAGCGAUAACCCCGAGGACGAUAAGAUCUUCCUGUUCUUCAAGGAGAACGCGAUGGACGGGGAGCACAGCGGCAAGGCCACCAUCGCCAGGAUAGGACAACUGUGUAAGAACGACAUGGGGGGCCACAGGAGUCUGGUGAACAAGUGGACCACCUUCCUGAAGGCGCGGCUCAUGUGCUCCGUCCCCGGGGCCAACGGCAUCGACACGCACUUCGACGAGCUACAGGACGUGUUCCUGAUGAGCUCCAAGGACCCCAAGAACCCUGUCAUCUACGCCGUGUUCACCACCUCCAGCAACAUCUUCAAGGGUUCUGCGGUGUGCAUGUACAACAUGGCCGACAUCCGGAGGGUCUUCUUGGGGCCCUACGCCCACCGUGACGGCCCCACCUACCAGUGGGUGCCCUUCCAGGGGAGGGUUCCCUAUCCCCGCCCCGGCACCUGCCCCAGCAAGACGUUCGGGGGCUUCGACUCGACGAAGGACCUCCCGGACGACGUGAUCACGUUCGCCCGCGGUCACCCGGCCAUGUACAACCCGGUGCACCCCAUGGGAGGGCGCCCCAUCGUGGUGCGCACCGACGUGGACUACCAGUUCUCCCAGUUGGUGGUGGACCGCGUGGAAGCCGAGGACGGCCAGUACGACGUCAUGUUCAUCGGCACGGACAUGGGGACCGUCCUGAAGGUGGUGACGAUCCCCAGGGAGAGCUGGCAUGACCUGGAGGAGGUGGUUCUGGAGGAGAUGACCGUGUUCAGGGAGCCCACGCCCAUCACGGCCAUGGAGCUGUCCACCAAACAGCAACAGCUGUACCUUGGCUCCACGCUGGGGGUGUCCCAGAUGCCGCUGCACCGCUGCGAGGUGUACGGGAAGGCGUGCGCCGAGUGCUGCCUGGCCCGGGACCCCUACUGCGCCUGGGACGGGUCCGAGUGCUCCCGCUACUUCCCCACCGCCAAGAGGCGAACACGGCGUCAAGACAUCCGGAACGGAGACCCCCUCUCUCAGUGCUCGGACCUCCAGCAUCAAGACGAGGCGGGCGGCCUGGGCGUGGUGGAGGAGCGCAGUGUGUACGGUGUGGAGAACAGCAGCAUGUUCCUGGAGUGCAGCUCCAAGUCCCAGAGGGCCCUCAUCUACUGGCAGCUGCAGCGGCCCAAUGAGGAGCGCAAGCUGGAGAUGAAGCUGGACGAGCGCGUCCUGCGUACGGCCCAGGGCCUUCUGAUCCGCAGCCUGGCCCAGGCGGACGCGGGCGUGUACCACUGCCACGCCGUGGAGCACGGCUUCGUCCAGCCCCUGCUGCGGCUCACGCUGCAGGUCAUCCCCACGCAGCGGCUGGGCGACAUCCUGCCCGCUGCCGCGGCCCUGGGGGGUGGCGCGGCCGGGGCCGGGGGCCUGUCGGGGGGCUCCAAACACCGGGUGUGGUACCGGGACUUCCUGUCCCUGCUGGACCACCCGGACCUCAGCAGCGUGGAGGAGUUCUGCGACCGCGUGUGGAAGAAGGAGCGCAAGCAGAAGAGGUUCAAGGCGCCGGCCGGCGACGCCCAGGGGCCCGUGGUCGUCGCCGUGGGGACCGCCGCCGCCGGGCCGAGACCCAAGGCCCCGGGGCCCAACGGCCAGAAGCGGCAGGGCACCCCGGCGCAGAGUGGCCCCCGACUGGGGGGCCGGGGCCAGGCGGCGGAGGGGGCGGCGGCGCCCGUCCAGAGCGCCCAGACGGGCGUCCCCAGCCCCACGGGGGCCGCGGCCAGCGGGCAGGGGCCCAAGAGCAGCCAGAGGGGCCAGAACACUCAGACCCAGAACAAGGGGUCCCAGGCUGCUGGGGGCCCCCGGGCCGGGCCCCAGCACUCGGCCAAGUGGAGACGGAUGCAGGAGAACAAGAAGGGACGCAACAGGAGAACGCACGAGCUGCAGAGGCCCCCACGCAGCGUCUGAGAGCACACACACACACACACACACACACACGUACAGACACACACACGCACACACACGUACAGACGUACACAGACACACACACACACACAGACACACAAAAUAUUAAACUCAUACACACACAAACACACAUAUACACACACACAUUAACUCAUACUCACACAGACAGACUCACAAACUCAGACGCACAUUUAGAUACAAACAGCCUCUCAAGAACAAUACGACACUUCCCAAAUUCUCACACAAAUGCACAUACAGACAACAACCAUUCAGCAAGUUCCCCGCGUGUGCAGUCGGAUCUGACCUACAAAAGGAAUCACAUGUCAUCACACGUACACACACAUAAAGUGAACCACACACAUGCGCACACAUGCAAACACACGGUCCCUGUGCAAUGAAUACUGAAGCGACGCAGGACUGAAAACAAAAGGGAGCAGGGACUCGAGAGCUCGUGAUGCUGCCCAGGAACCAGCCUCUGUGUCCUGGGGGAGAACUCUGUACAUAAGCUACUCUACUGGGACUACAGUGGAGCCAACGUUCCCUGGUAAAGGACCUGCCGGAGUGUUUUAUAGAGGAUAUGAUGAAGACACCCAAGCUCUGAGCGCUGGGAGGUGAAGUGUGGAGAAGGCCUUAAACGAGGAGUGGCUGUAUGUGUGUGUCAGUGUGUGUAAGUGUGUGUGUGUGUGUCCACUCACUGGAACCAGCUCUCUUUGAACCUGAGCAAAUUAAUCAGAAGAUUGGCUGCUGUGAGAAGACUAGGCCAACAAAAAGCACACACACAAAGGCACAAAGAAACACACACACGCACACACACACACACUCACACACAAGCACAUGGAUCUGUAUGAACUGUCUAUGCGGGAGAAAGAAACUGGUAUUUUCAAAUUCUUUUCGGAUGUGUUUGGGCAACAACAGCAGAUCCUCAAAGAGGAUACCGUGAACUGGGGUCCCGUUGUGAAUCUGAUUGGUCAGGAGCAUUCUAACGGUUGGGGGCGUGUUCAUAAGGAGCUUUGGCUUGAGGUCAAAGGUCUAAAGAGGCUAAAGAGAAACAGAGUCUGGUUUAUUUUGAGGGGGCAGCGAUACGCACCAGUGACUCUCUGGGUGUUCUGGGAAUGCCGGGACAGCACAUCGGAAGCACGGCGCUCCCAAAGCUGGAAUAGCAACGUGCAUGUAGUCGUCGAUCAAUGUUUCCAAUAAGCUAGUCUCCUCUGACUCUUAUUUUACCAAGUCAUUACGUUUAUUUUAUCCUUUUUUUUUGUACGUCCUUUAUUAUAUAUAUGAAUAUAAAAUUGUUACAUAUUUUAAAUUGUUUCAUAUUUCAUUUCCAAACAAUUGCAGCCAUUUUGUACGAGCCGCGUCGUAAAACACAAUUCGCCACAUCUCUCUCUCUUUCUCUCCUGUUCCCAAGGACUGUUAAAAGUGUUAAGUUAUUUUUGAUAAGUUCUUAUUUUUUUCUUGGGAGUGAAAAAAAAAAGCUGUGGAUGGUUAAGUUUAUGCUGAAGCUAAGUCAGAUAUAGACUUGUGUACAUAUAUACAACAAGCCUAACUCUUUGUGUAUGUACAUAUAUAUACAGUGCAAGGACAUCACUUGUCUAUUAUUUAUUGCCGAUGGUUUUUGUGAAACGGUUACAUUUAUUUUUGAUAUUACGGUCAUUUUUUUGGGGCUCAUCCACAUUGGAGAAAGAAACAGCCACUCAAACGAGGGAAUCGACAAGGGACGCCCCCACCCCCUCCCCCAACAAGACGACACGAACGUAGGGGACAUUGAAACACGAGCACCGGGUAUAAAACAUUUGAACACAUCUCUGCUUCUGGACUGUGACCCCCCCCCCCCCCCCCCCCGAAAGAACGUAAAAGCACAACAUUUAGGAUUUUGUUCCAUAUUCCGUUUGUUGGUUAGUUUGUUUUUGUUUUUGUUUGCCUUAAAGCGAAUGUGAGGUUGACGUCGCACCUUGUUGACCUCUGUGGUGAGCGCGCUGUGUUUAGAGGUCGCUGCCCAUGUUUAGAGGUCGCUGCCCCAUGUUUAGAGGUCGCUGCCCCUGUUGGUCUCAUAAGAUGGCCACCGGGAGUGAUGUCACUUCACAUUCCUUGUUUAGUUCCUUUACUCACCCAAAUUCUAAUCACUCAGUCAUCAGCCAUUCUAUGUAAGAUAAUACAAAUUAAAAAAAAAAGAAGAAAAAAAACCUUUAGCUGUGACUCUCUGUUUAAGAAAUAGUGCAGAAAAACGUUGAAACUAGUCUGAGGAGAAGACGCAUUAUACUGCAUGUGAAUGCUAACUAGCUACAGCAAGUGCAUCUUUUCUAUCGUCUCUAUUCGUGUUUUGUGUGACGAGGUGAAGCUCCCUGGAAACCAACCAUGUAAAUUAACCUUGGUCCUUCUUUUUUUGUUCAGUACCAACACCACCAAAAAAACAAAAGCCAAAACUGUCUAGAAAAACCAACCUCCUUAACGGUUCUGCGGACGUGCCUCCGUGUCUGACAUUACCCUGAAGAGAAUACCAUGUGUCGAUGCAAUAAACUAUAACAGUAGA